AUUAGCAUUUUAUUAUGUUUUCUUAUUAUCCAUGGCUUAAUAAGUCUAAUUCUUUAAAUGAUAUGAUAUGAAAAAAAUAUAAUUCAAAUUCAACACAAUAGCCUGACUUUUACUAAUAAAAUAAUCCCACACUAAAGUAUACGAGUUCGUAUCAAAAAGCGCUCCAUAUAUUACUUAUAUUUACAACAGCUGAACAAGACCGAACUUAUAAUGGCGAAAGUCGAACAACCUAUAUUCAUCCUGCCAAAGAAACGAAAUGGAAAGAAGCCAAAUGCAAUCGCCGGGCACGUUGAUCAUAUAAUCACAGUGCAGGGAGCUGUGGAUACUGAAUUGCCGUCGAAAUACAAAAACGGACUUUCGCCGGUUUCUGAGCAUGUAGUUAAUGGAAUUAUCCAUUCAACAAUGGAAGGUCUCAAAUCUAAUAUGAAAAUAAAUCUUCCAAUCAUCAAUGAUGUUAAUGAUGAAGAAAUUACUGAAAAUCAAUUACAGUUGGAUCAGAAGCCUUUAAGCUUACAGAAGAAUGGCUACCAACCGCUGUCAACAAUACACAGCAGCCGUGAAAUUAUUGAUCUAUCGCCAAUAUACGAGAACUCUUCCGACGCAUGCUCCAGCCACGGUGACUUGAAAGAAAUAAAUGAUAACGAUAUCCAAAGAAGCUGCCGAAUUUUGAAUUCAGAAUACAAUGAGAGUUCUUGUGCCACACCAAACAGCUUAUCGCAAACACAGUCUGAAAACAGUUUUGAAAUGGGUCCGCUGACCGACAGUCUUAAAAACAGUGCUAAAAGGAGAAAACGUGUCAACAUUGUGCCUGGUAUCGUAGAAACUGACAACACUGACACAGAGAUCACAGCUCUAAGAGUAGAAUCAGAAGGAUCAAUAUCCCCAGAAUUUUCUUUGUCUGAGAGUAAAGACUGCUAUUUGACCAUGACAGGUACUAUUAAAAGGGGAAAAAAGAAGGGCCAGAAUGUCGAUGUCAAGUUAAACAUAUCAAGGGAGGAGUUAGAAAUAAUUGAAGCAACAAUUGUUGCAGAGGAGUAUAACAAAAUGGAUGUUUCAAAAUGUUCCUUGUACAAUGGGCCGCAUAUAUUUUUAUUCAGCCUUCUCUGCAUUCCGUUUGUUGCUUUCAUAUCAUCAAUGUAUUCAUUCUAUACGGGUACCAUGGCUUGGUAUAAUAUAUUUACACAUGUUACAGAAGAUUUCAGUUGUAUCAAGAAAGUGUUAUUGGCACCAAUAGUGAUACUAUCCUACCCAUUUCUGAUAGUAUUGUUUACGAUUGGUCUUGGGUUAUAUGCUGGGAUUUCACAACUUACAUUCAGUGGUGCUAACUGGUGGAAGGAUGUAUGUGAUUUUGAGAAAGGCUUUUAUGGAUGGCUCUGUAAUACUUUAGGUUUAUCUGAAUGCUGCCCCUAUGAAGUUGUCGUGUUAAUGGAUGUAAAACAAUAAAAAAUAAUUGUCUAUACAUUCCAAAUUUGAAAAUCAGUAUCUCAUACUACAUAUUCAAUAUAAUGCAUUAUUUAAACUAUUAUAUAAAGCAAUAUUUAUAAUUAUCGACUCUUAAAAGUUGAGUAACAAUUCUAUACUAAAAAUAAGGAAGAAUAUUUGUUAUCUAUGUUCAAAUCCAGCUACAGUUAACUGCCAUCCUCAAAAAUGUAACAAAGAUAUAUCGACAUUAUCACAGCUUUUAUAAAAUAUAUUAAUUAAUUUUAUAAUAUUAAUUCCUAUCAAAACAAUUCUAGUCAGAAAGCAUAGUCUUUUUAUUAUUUUAAGGUAUUUAAUAAGUUUUAACAUAAGAUUGGAAUGAGGUUAGGGACAAAUGAAAGAUUUAAAAAAAAAAAGAGAAGGUAAAUUGGCGGGAACAAAAUGGGAUGUAACAGGUUUUAUACAAUAUUUUGAAUUUGUAUUUUUUACCUAGGAUUAAGAUGUAUUUUAAUGGAAUGUUUUUUCCAAUACGAGUCUUCUUUUGCUCAAAUGCUUCCAUUAUUUUAUUUAAUAAUUUUAUAAAAUGUCUAAUCAUAGUUGCAUAACAUUUUCGCCUAAAAUAUCAAAGUCCAUUAUCAUCUAAGUAUAUAUUACAACCUACCGAUGGUGUAUAAUAGAUGUUAUAGUAAAACCAAUUUUUAUCUUAUUGCAGAAUGGAGGAAAAUUUUAAAAACUUAUUUAAUCUGCUUGUUAUGUAGCACAAUCAACUUUUAUAAUAAUCGUAAGUUUAUCUAUUUUGAACAGAGAAUUUAUUUAAGCCAAGGAUAAUUUUUAUGUAUAAUGUUUGUAUUCAUAAAAUAUAAGUCUAAAUGUUGUCAUUCAAUCAGUUAGUAUAAUUAUUAGUUUCUAAAACAAAAAAAAAACUAUUUGUACUGCUUAGGGUUUAUUAAUAAUCAUAUCAGGCUUAAAUUAUUUUUAAGCGAUGUAUCUGCU